GUAACUGAUCUUGGCACAUGGCUGCAUUAGGCAAUGUUUAGAACAAGCAGUGAAGGUAAGCCAGUGUUAGGACAGGAUACGACAUAUAUGGUAAACACUGCAAACACGCUCAUGGAAGUCACAAAAAUUAGAAACACUGAUGUGAUUAUUGCCCAUCAGUGUUCUGAUUCCACUGGGAUUUUCAGAUGUUGUGCAAUUUUGGAUGCGCUAUGUCAAAAAGCAGCACUUUACCCACUUUUAAAAAAAUAAGCAAUAAUCAACCUGCCCGCUGCUCCAGUGAAGUUGUUAAGCAGCCGCCAUGAGAGUCCAGGGGUGUCUAGACGGGGGGAGACACUUUCUCACUGCAAUCAGCUUGUUUUGUGUGCCUUAUGACUCAACAUGUCAUGUCACAAAGCAGUUACCAUAAAUGUGCUUCAUAUUCAACUUGCGUCCCAUCCCCUGAGGUACCACCAGGGGAUUAAGGGGGUAUGAGAUGGAGAGAGGUAAGUGAGGGGGUGGACGGUGGAGGGGAAACAGGGGGUCAGAGAGAGAGAGGUGAGUAAGAGAUGAGUCAACAGUGCUCCACUAUAAGAUAUCCUGAUGGAGCCCAACAGUGGCAUACAGUCAGACACCAGCGAAGGUAAGGUCAACUCGCCUCUCCGUCUUGUUGCUUUGGGCUUCAGCUCUUCUUCUACCUUUGUUGCACCUUCUGUGUUUGUUUUCACUUUCUCCGUUCAUCGGUGCAUCCGUCUGUUGAGCAGUCGGCGGCUUCUCUUUUUUUUGAUGUUUGAGAUCUGGAUUUAUCUGUUGGAUGUAUCCGUGGGAAGCGGUCGAGGUGUUGUUUUUAAAGAAAAUUCCAGGGGGUGUUUAAUGAGCUUCAGCUUCAGUUCAUUUGUCGCAGAGAUUUUGAGGGGGAAAAAAAGACGGGGGUUGAGAACAAUCACGUAAGCCAAAGUCAGUGAUCUUUGUACCUGUUACACAGCCAGAAAUUCACAGGUGUCUCUAUCACAAAUAUUUGUUUCGGUAACCAAACAUGCUGAGUAAUUUACUGGAAGAAAGCUUGUGUGUAUAUAUAUAUAAUGAUGAGUUGCAGAUAUGAGCUCAUUCAUGCUCUCUAUUUAAGAUGACACAAGUGAGAGAAGGGUAAUUGCAAUGCUUAAGGGAAGAAUAACCUGUAAAAUCAAUGACUCUCUUCUCCUAGGGUUACCAGUGUUAUUUUAAAUCCUGCAAGGAAGUACUACAAAUAUGGACUACACUCUGGCUCUCCUCCUUUCUUUGCUGCAACUUUUAAGUGCAGUUACAGCUGCGCCUGUGCCGGUGGAAGUGGUGAAGAUGAAAUCCAAAGUGAAAUGGAUGGCUGAACAGCUGUUGGUCAGGCUGAACAGGGACUUCCAGGCUCCACUGGGCUUUCCAGUCAGCCCUCGGGCUGAUGAUCUGGAUGGACCCUCAUCCAUAGUGAUGGUCUUGGAGGGCUACAACAGCCUGAUCUCAGACGACCUCGACGGGGUCUCGCAGGUCAAGUACGACAUCUCUUCACUGACUGGAUACCUGGAUCAGUGGAGGCAGGGGCACUGCACUGAGCAGCGGCCAAAGCCUUCAGUGCCGGGCCCGCUGCAAGAGCUACAGAGCAAGAAGGAGUUCAUCCACACUGUGAGCAUCGAGGCUCUCAUGAGGGUGAAGGAGUUCCUCAAUCUGCUGCUGAAAAAUCUGGAUCAUCUUGAGACUUGCUGAAAAAAUGGACAGUACAACCAAUACUUGUAAGUUGUCGGCCUGAUUUUCGGACAGGAUUUGUCAAGUCGCACUUUUGCAACGUGUUGUGAAGGAAAUGUAUUCUUGAACAUGCACUUAUUUAUACAGACAUGUAUUUAUUUAUAUAUUGUAUUCAGGAAUAUGUAUUUUGGAAACUUGUUACAAAAAACUUGAUCAGGAUGUUUGCAGGAAAAGAGAUGUUAAUGCAAACUGUCCAUGCUUUAAGAUAAAUCACCUGCUUAAAGGUAACCUAUUUUUACACACUGCUGUUGAAGAACUGAAGAAUGUUGAUCUAAAUCCAAAUUCUGUCAUGAAUCGACUGUGUCGGGAUCAAUGCAGCUGGAGGGAAUUCCAGAAAAUCAGAUAGAAACUUGCCAAGAGUAACAGUUGUAGCACCGGAAGAGCAAAGGGCAAUAUUUAUUUCACUGCAAUGUCACCAGCUCUUUCAAUGCUAUUUAUGUCUGAGGAUGAUGUUUUGUGUAUUUUUGUACAAUUGAUGCUAUUUUUUUUAUAACUGCUGGGUUAUAUUUAAUAAAAAUAUUUCUUUGUAAUAUA